GUACGUUGCAAUUCAAGUCACAAAUUAGAAUCAUUCACUGGUAGCUUUAACGUUUCCCGAUAGAAUUCUUGAGUAGCUUUAAGACUUUUUGGUUCUUCCUGUUGAACCCUUGGCUUCUCCUCUGCAUUGAGAUUAGGUAGUUAUGCAUGAACAUGAUGAAUUCAGAUGAAGAAAAUGCUUUUCAAGGGAUCGCACCUGCAUUGCUUUCAUCCAAAUCUGCAGAUUAUCCUUCGUACGAUGUAUUCAUAAAUCACAGGGGACCAGAUGUUAAAAAGACGCUGGCGGAGGCAAUUUACCGGCAUCUGAGUGCCUUCAACCUCCGGGUGUUUUUAGAUCAGAAAGAAUUGCGGACGGGAGAUUUCUUACCUGCGGCCAUACAGCACGCUCUCGCCACUUGCAAGAUUCACAUUGCAAUCUUCUCCCCAGGAUAUGCGGAGUCACCAUGGUGCCUGGCGGAGCUGUCCUUCAUGCUUAAAACCAGGGCUGAAGUCAUCCCUGUCUUCUAUGAUGUGCAGCCCUCUCAGGCCCGCUAUAUCCAAACUGGGCCUUACGCCAAAGCCUUUGAGGACUACCACCGGAAGAAGAGAAUUGAUCUGCACAUUGUUGAGAAAUGGAAAGAGGAUCUGCACACGGCUUCCUUCUUUUCGGGUUUGGUUCACGACACAAGCAAAGAUGAGGAGCACAUAUUGUUGAAGAGUAUAGUGAAUAGAGUGGUAGUGGAAGCAAAAGGAGAAGUGUUAGAAGUGGCCAAACACCCUGUGGGACUGGAAGAAGCGUUUCAAGCUUUCCAAAACACAAUAUUGGAGUGGGAUGAAGAGCAGGGGAGUCGUGUAAAAGUAGUGGGUAUUGUUGGAAUGGGGGGAUCCGGCAAAACCACUCUGGCCAAGAAGAUCUACAAUGAGAAGAGUUGGACAUACAAGGGGCGCUGCUGCUUCUUGUCAGAUGUAAGACUGGAGAGCACCAAAAAUGGCUUGGCGUCUUUGCAGAGAAAGCUUCUUCAGAAACUUGUGCAGUAUGACUGGCAAAUCGAAAACAGCAGCCAAGGAAAGGAAUUUUUGAGAAGCCGUCUGCAAAAUGAGGAGGUUCUAAUAGUUUUAGACGAUGUGGAUGAUGAAGAGCAAUUCGAGGGUUUGCUAGUGAAGGAAGUGCUUGGGCGGGGGAGUUUAGUGAUAGUCACAUCUAGGGACAAAAGUGUGCUCACAAGCUGUGGAAUCUCUUUAUUUCAUGAGGUAAAAGGAAUGGCGGAGACUCACGCCAAACAGCUCUUCUGCUGGCAUGCGUUUCUGCUGCCUGAUCCAUUACCAGGCUUCGAAUCUCUUGUUCAAAGAUUUUUGGUUGCGUGCUCGGGUUUACCACUGUCCUUGAAAGUCAUCGGAUCGCUUCUUUACAAAAAGAAGACCGACUACUGGAAUGGAACGCUGGAAAAAAUUGGCAAGCAUAUUUUGCCCAGCAAUAUAAUAAACACGCUGAAAAUCAGCUACGAAGCCCUUGAUAGAGAGGAGAGAGAAAUAUUUCUGGACGUAGCUUGGUUUUUCUCCGGAGAAGAGAUAAAUACGCUGGUGAAUAUAUGGGAGGGUUCAGAGUGGAGUAGUUUGCAGUGUCUUGAAAACCUUGAGCAGAAAUGCCUUGUUGAAUUUAUUCGUGAAAACCGAGGGUACAAGGAAAAGGGGGAAGACCGCCUUUUAAUCCGAAUGCAUGAUCACCUCAGAGAUAUGGGAAGAAGUGUCAUAGACGAUCAAAGCCCACCUAGUCGCCUCUGGCGCCCAAUUGAUAUUCGCAAUUACCUUUAUCGCCUUCAACUUGGACCAAUUAUGGAGGUCCGAGGAAUAUGUACAUCCCCAGCUCCAAAUGUAUAUGAAAGCGGGAGAAUAGCAGCACCAAUUUCUCCAUGGAAGGCAUGCUGGAUGCAGAUAUUGGAGAUUUGUGGUGUUUCAAGUGUGUUCAGGGGUUGUUCUGUUGAUGUUGUUGGAAGCGCAUUGAGGCUGUUGGCAGCCCACGGUGAAUCGGUCAUAGAACUCAGUGAUUUUUCCAGAGAACUGCUAUGGCUUCGAUGGUAUUACCGCUCCUAUACCGGCAUUCCUUCUUCUUUUUCCAUGCAAAAGUUGAGAGUUCUAGAGGUUUUAGAAAAAGAUAGUGGUGACGGAAAGAGUUUGUGGCAGAGCGAUGAGCAGGCUCCUACACAGUUACGCGAGCUCUCUGUACAAAGACUAAGCAAAUUGCCAGAAUCAGUGGGGCUUCUUAAACAUUUGAAAAAACUAGUUUUAAGUGAAGGCGCAAUGAGAAGUUUACCAGAUGAGAUAUGUCACUUGAAAUCCCUGUAUCACCUCGACCUAAACCGUUGCUGGUUGGAAGCGCUUCCAAAUCAAUUUGGCAAUUUAACAAACCUGAGACACCUUGAUUUGAGUCAUUGUUCCGGUUUGCAAGCUCUACCAGAUUCUUUUAGUCAAUUAAUUCAGCUUCAAUAUCUAUGCUUGUUUGGUUGCUUUAACUUGAUGCUCUCGACAGAUAUUCUUAGAAAUAUCCGGACUCUUCAUUACCUAGACUUGGAAGGUGUCAGGGUGGACAGCUUACCGACCCACAUUACAUCUCAAACUUUUCUAACAAAUCUCUAUGUGAGUUCUUCCAAUCUCAAGAAUUUACCCACAGACAUAGGAGAAUUGGGCAAUUUAAGGGUUCUACAAGUACACAGUCGGGCGUUAACAUCCUUGCCGUCUUCCCUACUUAAUCUAAGUUUGUUAAGGUCAUUGAAUCUAUUAAACUGCGUAGAGCUCAACUGCUUACCUGAGUCCAUUGGAGAAUUAAAAAAUCUGAAACAUUUAAGUUUAAUAGAAACACGCGUACGAAUUUUACCCCAAGGAUUUGUACGUCUGAUCAAUCUUGUAGAGUUUUCUAUACACGCUAGCCCACUUGUCGAGUUGAUUCUUUGCAGCCUCAGAUCCGCCGGACACACCAUGUCUCGACUUAAAUCCAUAAAACUGAGUCAUUCAGGUGUUGUGAGCUUAUCCAUUAGUAAAGAGAUGUGUCCGAACCUCGAAACACUUCAAGCUGCAUUUUGUGACGACUUAGUGGAGGUUAAAGGGCUGCCGAUAACACUGGUCGACAUAGAUCUUCACGGCUGCCCGAGUUUGAAAAAGAUAUCAGGGCUUUCCAAUUUGACUAAGCUUAAAUACCUCAAUAUGCGUGGGUGCUUGGAAUUGCAAGAACUGGACGGGCUCUCUCAGUCGACUUCCUUGGAACUCCUUAUCACAGAUGGGUGUUGUAUGCUGACAAAGAUGGAUGGACUGAAGCAUCUGUCACAACUAAAAGAUAUACAAAUUGCAGCUUGCCAAACUGGUAUUUGGCCAGGCAUAGAAUGUUUAAAGAGGUUACCCCCCAAGAUAUGUAGUAUAACUUUGAAUAUGAAGAUAGUGGGUGGUGAUGAAACAGAGGUGGACUCAAUCCUGUCGUCUUUCAAAUUUCCAGUCUCUGUACUUGAGUUUUCAAGUAGAUGGGUGUGCAAACUUGGAUUAGAGGAGGUGAGAUCCUGCAGUGCACUAAUCAUGCUCCUUUUCUGCAAAAGCUCAGAAGACAGUUGUGAUCCCAAGAGGGAGGUCAUAUGGUUAGGCAAUAGAUUUUGCAUGGUACAGUACCAGAUAGCUGUCAAGAUUGAGAGCCAAUGCGAGUGGAUAAUUAUCAACCUUUUUACAAGAGAGUCCGCUUUUAUUGAAGACUUAAAGAUAAUUAAGGUUGAAGAUGACAUGGGCGUGUAUGCACACGCUCCUUUUGAAAAGAAGAAAGGUUGGGUGGUGUUCUUGCGAGAGGGAGAGGAAUGGAAAAUCACAGAAAUUUGGGAUAGACUCUUCACAUAUGCCUACUCCAAACGACCAUUUAUGUGUGGCGCAGAAGGUGUGAUGUAGUUUGUUUCAAACUAUACUUUUCCCCUUAGUUUCUGGUAGUCCUUAUUCCCUACGUAUGGUCUUGGCACUUGGGGAUUGGUAGAACACAAACCAUGUUUACAGGUAUUUUCUUUUGAACUUUAGCCAUUAGAUGGAAAGGGACAAGCUAAAAGGCGAUUCAAAUUACAUGGAAUAUUAAUAUAAUUUUUACAUUUUAA